AUGCAACUCCACCACUUCCUCCCUCUCGCCGCCAUGGGCGUCCUGGCCCUCACUACCACCGCCGAAUCCACUCCCCUCUCAACCCGCAGCGAAAGCAUCACAAUUACCACCUGGUCCGGCAACAACUGCGAAGGUUCCUCCGCCAACCCUGCCAUCAUCGGGUCUGGAGAAUCUUGCUUUGUGAGCCUGCCUGGGGCGUCUUUCAACGUCGGUACCGCCGACAGCAAGUGCAAGAUCACCACCUGGUCUGGGGACAACUGUCAGGGAAGUUCGGCGAACUUUGCGGGAGAUGUGCAGGGAUGUAUUGGCAUUCCGUUCGCGUCUGUCAGUGUUGAUUGUUAG